AUGGGUCCAAUCAAGAAGAUCGACCAGAGUACUGUGGAGCUACUGCAGCUGUUGGCACCUGGUAAAUCACGGACGGAUGGGAACACAGCCUGUGGGAUGAUCCUGAGCGGCCAAGCGUUUGCUGAGUUCAGCGACGAAGAGCGACGGAUCAUAUGGUCCCGAGUACAGAGUUAUGGUGGCCUUAUCCCGUCUUUGUUUACCUUUUUCGAAGACUUCAAGUACCUGGAGGCCUGUGCCCACUGUAUCAAGCGGCUCUGUGGUCCGAUCAACAUGUCAAUCUGGAGAACGAUGAGUUCAAUAUUCAUUCCACCCUCAGAAGAGGGAACCGCGACUUCAGGGGCCGCGGAUUCCCUCAUCCAGACCUCCGAAUCUACUUCCCGACGCCAGCCGGCAACUGAUAUGGAACGCCUCGAGACAGGAUAUUUACAAAUAUGGCUUUAUGCAAUGAGGCACUAUACGCUGAUGCCCCCGGACCCAAAGAGUGAUGACGAGUUGCUGGCAAAAUCAACUCGUGCCAAGCCCGAUGAGAGAGCAAUUUACGAGAUGGCUGAACUGGCCCACCAGCUUGGCUUUCAGUCCACUGAAAUCGAUGCGCUGAUCAAGAGUUCACCCGAUCAUCAGAUCGCACGAUCGGCCCUCCUACAAGCCCGAAAGCCCAACCGUUAUCGAUACGAUAGCCAGUAUUUUGAUGAUUUGGUCAAUCAGAUCGUGAGCUGUUUCGUCAAGGCAGUUCCCGACCGACCAGAGCAGCCUCAGGGCCUUCUGGCGGAUAGCACAAUGAAGCUCAAGUCUCGUUCUGGGGAGCCACAAACACGAACCCACAAGCAAGAUGGACCCUUGCUGUUCUUAGACCCUUUGAACGCUGAUGUUGAGGUUGGCGACAAUAUCACCAGCUUUUUCGUCCGUCGUUGUGUAUUUUUUGCAUUUUUUGGAAAGUCUGCACGGAUUGCUACUUGCAAUGUCAACCAAGCUGAGGACACUGGUCCAGGCCAAGGACUGAGGGAUAUUCCUCCUUCGCCAAUGUUCGUCGAAGAGGAUGACCCCUUUCUUACUCAUACGCCCGCACCAGACUCCCUUCCUCAGGAGGAACAGGACAACCCACAGGAAAAAUCGGCUGAAGUGGUUUUAGGACGACGAGCUAGUGAGUGCCAGCGGCCAGUGCGGACAGACCGGAAAGAAGAUGUCAAGCGUCGACGAAGGCGAAAACUUCAAAUACGUCGACCUGUCUCCGGCCCGGUGGAGGAUAUGGACCAAGAACCAAUGGAAUUGGAACUGCCAAAUGUGGAGAGUCAUGACCAGGUUAUGUUAGACCGAAACAGUACGCCUGAAGAGAAUUAUAUGUCAGACGGGCUUCAAAGCCAGCCGGAGCCGGUCGAGCCAAUGGUGUUUGUCACGCAACCUUCCCAUGUCUCUGCUGUGCCGGAUGCUGAAGAUAGUGGGAGUGACUAUACAAGAGACUCUUUGGACGCAAUUCCGCUCGUCGGAGACAAGGAAGAGCAAACAAUGGCCGCUCGCUAUACGAGGAAAUAUAUACUCAUUCGCUUGGUUUCAAGUAAGCUGCAUAGAGUCUGCAGAAGUUCCAUGCAAAUGCGACCCUGA